AUGUCGUUCAAAUUUCCUCAUUUAUGGAUAAAAUCUGGCGAGGUGGCAAGAACGCUUACGCAGGGCAGCCUUUCGAAAUUUAAGCAUCUAAUAAAAUGGAAAAAAUCCGAAUCAAUUUUGGAAGCUGGAUUCGCCUCCGGAAGCAACAGUUUGCAAACAUUAGUUCCUUUACUGCCUCACGACUACAAAGAGUUUAUCGGUAGUGACAUUUCCGACGAAAUGAUCGAUUAUGCUAAGAAGGAAUUCAAGUUGCCUCGAUCAGAAGUAGUCAAAUUGGACGUUUGCGGUGAGAUUCCUUCCCAGUUUCGCGAACGAUUCGAUCACAUAUUUGGUUUCAACGUUAUCCAUGUGGUGAAGGACCCAAGAAAGGCUUUUAAAAAUAUCAAAGAUAUGUUGAAACCCGGUGGAUCGACGUUUUUGACUUUCUUCCAACAUACUCCGAUUGAACACUCUUUCGUGAAAUUGAAAAAUAGCCCGAAAUGGGGCCGGUAUGAUCAUAAUGAGAUGAUUCCACCCUACCAUUAUUCGGCCAGUCCUUUAGACGAAUAUCAGAAGGAUCUCGAAGCAGCCGAAUUUAGUAAAACCAUCAUUCAAAAGGCAUACGAAACGUACACUGCUAAAACCGAUGAAGAUCAUGAAGUGCUUACAGAUUUGUUUUAUGCUGUGAAUCCAGUUCAACUCCAAAUUUCGGACGAGAAAGAACGGAAUGAAUACAUGAAAGAAUAUAUUUCGGAGGUUUUUAACGGACCUGUUGUGAAUCAAAGACUGGAUGAAAACGGCAAUAAAAUAACUGACUUAACAACUUUAAAUAUGGUUGUUUAUGCUACCAAAUAA